AUGAGUUUUUCACAAAAAGUUGGCGGAAGCAGUACUUCUUACAUGUCACCAGCAGUCAGUACUAAAGAAUUCACAUUGAGAGUACCUAAGAGUUCUGAUGUAAAAUAUCAGAUGAUGAAAUUCAAUAGUAACCUAAAUAUUGACUUUGACAAAUGGUCUCAUGCCAAAAUGGAGAGAGACGCCAAUAAAGUAGAUGGAAAAAUUGCAGAAGAAGAUAUGCCUAAAUUUGGGGCAGGAAGUGAAUUUGGCCGUGAAGCUAGACAAGAAGCAAGAAAAAGAAGAUAUGGAGGUAACAAAAAAGUGUCGGAAUCUAGUCCUUGGACAUUGAAAGUUGGUGGGAAAAAAUUUAGGGGUGUGCGUGAAGGAGGAAUAACUGAUAAUUCUUCAUAUUACUUGUUUACUCAUGGAGAUGAUGGCAUAAUUAUUGCACAUAAACUAGAAGAGUGGUAUAACUUUCAACCAGUACAACGAUACAAAACAUUAACUUCUGAAGAAGCAGAAGAAGAAUUUGGAAGGCGCAAUAAAGUUUUGAAUCAUUUUACUCUCAUGGUACAAAAAAGACUUAAAAAUGAAGAAGAGGAAGAAGUUGAUGAAGAUGAUAAAACUAAAGGGAAAAAAGCAGCUAAAAGUCGUAAAAGCAAAGAACUCAAAAUAUCAGAAAUGGAAGAAUGGGAGGAAAGUGAAGAAGAUGAGUCUGAAGAAGAAGAACAGGAUGAGGAAAAAAUUGAAAAGAAAAAGAAACAAAAACAAAAAAGCAAAGUCAAAGCUAAACCAAAAAAAAAGUCAAAAGGGUCUGACGAAUCAGCAACUGAAGAAAGUGAUGAUGGUGAUGAAGAAGGCAGAGAGCUGGAUUAUAUAUCGGAUUCUUCAGACGAUGUGACAGAUGAUGAAGCCAAGGUUACUAAAGAAAUGCAGGGAGUGUCAGAAGAAAAAGCAUUAAAAAGUCUCUUGACAUCUGAUGAGGACGAAGACGAAGACGCAGAAAAGAAAGAAGAAAAUAAAGAUGAACAAAAUAAUACUGAUGUGGAAGAAGAAGAUAAAACUAAAAAAGAAGAAAACAAACCUAAGCAAUCCUCACCAAAUAAGAAAAAAAAGAAAACCAGUGAUAAAAAAACUAAAAAAGACACAGAUUCAGAUAGUGAUAGUUCUGUAGAUAGUUCAGAUAUAGACUGUGAGCCAAUUAGAAAGAGACCAUUUAGUUUAGUAGAUGGAAUGAAAAACAAUGAUCUAAUUGGUUUCCCAGGCGAUACAUCUAUUCAAAGCACGGAACCUGCCCACAAAAAAGCUAGAGUUGAAUUUUCACCAGUUACAAUGUCUGAUACGCAUGGCAUAACUGAAGAGGCUGUCCGUAGAUAUUUAUCACGAAAACCAAUCACUACAACUCAACUUGUGACCAAGUUUAAAAAUCGUUCCAAUUUAAGUUCUGAACAAUUGGUUAGGAUUAUAGCAUUAUUAUUAAAGAGAAUCAAUCCUGAGAAAAAAAUGAUAAAGAACAAAAUGUACUUGUCGUUAAAACACUAA